CAUCCAAAAUAGAAACAGAAAAACACAAUAGAAUCUCUGUCGAUCGAUUUUCUCUCUCACCUUCUUCUUCUUCUUCUUCUUCUUCUUGGCCUGUUCAACACUUGAACGAACAAUCUCCACUCUCAAUUUUCGCCAAUCUUUUCUCUCACAAUCCAUCAUCAAAUCAUCACUUUCUAGGGUUAGACCUAUCGUCGACUUUGAUUCUGAAUAAUUAUUAGGGCUCGUGGUUUUCCAAUAAUCAAUUAAGGGCUCCUCAUCCAUCUUCUUCAAAAAUUUGGGCCGUCCUUCCAACGCACUGUGCACCUUACUCGUGAAUUUUUUCCGGUUCUAUUGUAAAUUAAGCAAGUGGGAGAGAGAUGGAUGAUGAUGGAAGUAGUUUGGCAGCUCCGACGAUCUUCAUCCUAGUUGCUCUCCUUCAGUUUAUUCCUAGAUAUUUUGAGCACCAGAUUAGGAAUGGAGGAGCUACGAGUGCCGAGGAAAAGGAGCUGCGUGCAGAAAUAAAGCAGCUUUUGAAAGAAGCUAGUUCUUUUUCACAACCAUCAACAUUUGCACAAGCAGCAAAACUUAGGAGAACAGCAGCAGCCAAGGAAAAGGAACUUGUGAAAUUUCAAGAACAACAAAUGCUAGAGAGGAAAUCAUCAUAUGAUCCAUAUAUGAAGUAUGUGACCCCUGUAAAGGCGUUAACCUAUCUUUUGCUCGGAGUUUGGUUUUGGAAAUAUCCAGUUGCAUCAAUAUCUAAGGAGCUUGUGCAACCAUUUGGGAAAAUGCUAUCUUGGAAAUCUGGUAGUAGUUCAGAAGACAAAGUGAUGGUUGGUAUCGUGCCUUGGAUAAUAUUAUGCACCAGAGUUAGCAAGUUCAUCUGUCGGAAGGUCAACAUAUAAGGUGGUUUUUGGUGGUCAGCUAACUGUUUAGUUCAGAAUUCUGAUUUCCGAGUGAUCGCGCCUUGAAAUAGAAAGGAUCAAGUUGCUGUUUUUCCUGCACUGGCACAAAGGUGCAAAAAGCAGGCGUAAAUCAAUAGGAAGGAUUAACAUAUGAACCAGGCUUGAUUUUUACUCGUAUGCAGACAAUCUCGUGUAAUUGCUCUAGUUACUGUUCUUUUUCCAUUUUGAAUUCUUCGAUAAAUACACGUAUUUUGUUCGUUUCUUAUACGGAGUAAGAAGUAUUAUUUCUGCUAAUGUAAGGCAUAGUUUUCAGCAAAAUGUUUUAACUAGGAUGUUCGUGUAUUUCAACAUUUGGAUGAAGUUCAACAUCUUAUUUAUUGUUCAAAAGUUUUGGCAUA